CUCAGAAGUGACAUUCCUCUGAUUGCUGUUACCGAACAGCAUUGCCUUGCACCGUCUUUGAGGCUCCUGUUGCGGAGCUUGGCCAGAUGAUUGGGCUGCUGCCAAAGCCGACCGCAAAAUCCGCGUUGAAAUCCGGCGGAUUUCGUGUCCAAAGUCCGUCACUAUUAUGAAGUCCAGAAAGCGUAGCCACUGCAGAACGUAUUUUCUAUGGAUAAUUUCCUACGGGGUCCGUGUACAUAAUUCCCUUCUAGACAUGGCCUCUUCCUACGGAAAGGCAUGCUUGCAGUGCACUAAAGCCAAGGUCCGGUGCACAUAUCGUGAUGAUGCAGGACCAUGUGAAAGAUGUACACGCCUGCGGAAAGAAUGCGAACCCGUAGCCAGAAUUAGGGUUACGAAACGGGCACGCUACGCAGACAAUCAUGUCGCACUUGAAGAUAAGGUGAAUAUGCUUGUCGAAUUGUUGAAGAAAAACCAGACAAUACCACGCGAUGCUCUGAACAACGACGCUUUCUAUCUCAAUGUCGGAGCCCAAAGGACUGCACCAGAGCCAGCCACUUGCCAAGUCAACACCGCGGAGAACUCCAAUGGUCAGCAGCGACAAUCUUCCGACGCAACAUCGACACCAUCUCGAGGUGCGUCAAUGGAGUCGUGCUUGACAGCCACCAGCUCGAGUUGUAUUACUGCAACUCCGCCAGUGUAUGAGCCUUCCUCAACAUCUCUAGAGACAGAAGAAGAGCUUCAAGAAGUGCUGGAAACCUAUAGGCGCACGCUCUUCCCUUAUUUCCCGGUUGUCUGGCUUGGACCUGAAGUGACGGUUGAAUAUAUGGCCGCCAAUCGCCCCAUGUUGUGGCUCAUUUUGCGCGCAAUAUGCUCGAGGAAACUUUCUCGUCAAUUCAUGCUUGUUGCUCAAGCAAAGUUUCUCAUCUCCAAGUCCGUUGUCGUCGAGGGCGAGCGAAGUUUCGACACUCUCUGUGCCCUCAUUUUGUACGCAAAUUGGGGUCAAUUUUUUUGUAUGAAAGCAAAUCUAAGUCCGUGCAUACAAUUGGCAAUUGGCCUCGCAGGGGAUUUGGGCCUCACAAAACCAGCACCACAGACUUCACCUGCUGUUAUGCUGAAUUGGACUAAACGAGGGUGCCCAAAACCACCACAGGCUCUUGUUCCCAAGCUCCGAACUAUGGAAGAACGCCGAGUCGUUCUUGGUCUAUUUCUGGUGAGCUCCAUCUGCGCAAACUUCUUUCAGAGAGCAGAGCCUAUGCGUUGGACAUCGUACCUAGAAGAAUGCCUUCAGCUUAUUGCGGAAGCCAAAGAGUACCCGAGUGAUGAGUUGCUUACCAUGCUCGUUAGAAUUCAAAUUAUUGCAAACAGUAUUGAAGAUGAGGGCUGGACUGAGGUCUAUCCAAUCUCCGGAAAGAGUCAACGAAUGCCGCGGCACUACUUCAGUCACAUAUACAAGAUGCAAUUGGACGACUUGAAACGAUCUAUCCCGUCACAUCUUGCUGACAACUUGACUCUCAAAUUCCAUCUCCUCGGUCUCGAAGUCACAGUCCAUGAACAGAGGCUCGAUCUGUCCCCAAUAACAUCAGAUCUUGACUCGAUGCAGUGUAAGGAGGGGCUGUGGUCGUGCUUUGCAGCCGUGAAAGCGUAUGUAGAAGCCAUGUUUGACUCUCCGGGUUUCACUCCGUUCAAUUUUCUGUAUAUCUCUGUCGGCAUAUACGGCCAGUUAGGUCAUUGUCUCGUUGCGCUAUUUCGAUUAAGCACUUUCGAGGGACAUAAUGUACAUUGGGAUCGGCGACGUGUCAUCGCUGAGUUAGACUUGGCAGACGUUGUGAGGAAGUUGGUAUACAUGUAUGAGGCUGCACCAAUCGCGGCAGGUAUAGACACGACUGACGCGGGUGACGCUGAAACACAAUGGGAUCACGGGAAGAAGAUUAUGUUGACUACGGUACUUAAAUGGUGGGAAACCAAAGUGCGGCCCUCGAUAGUGGGCUUUCCUGGACAGUCGAAGGAGAGCAUCAUCUGUUGCGCAGACAACUUCGGUGGCCCAGCAAAUGGAGCGGAUCUCGACAGCAUGGACUUCAAUUUCGAGACUGAAUCGUGGUUUAAAGAUAUUAUCGACAGCGGCUUUGAUUUUGGGCCCUUCUAGCUACGUAUCUUCAAAAUUAAUUCUGUUAGCUCGUCAUAUAAA